AUGGCUCCUUUCAAUUCUCACCAUAACUCAUUUCUUUUCACUACCUUUCUUCUCACCAUACUAUUGUAUUCACCAUCAUCAUUCUCUUCCUUUGCAACCACCAAAACUUACUCCAAUGGAAAUGAGACUGAUAGACAAGCCUUACUAGCCAUAAAAGCUCAAAUAAUAGAUGACCCUUAUGGUGUUAUGAAAUCAUGGAAUGAUUCAAUCCAUUUCUGCAAUUGGAUUGGUGUCAUUUGUGGCCACCUUCAUCAAAGAGUGACCACUUUAAACCUCAGUUCUCAUGACUUGGUUGGUUCACUCUCUCCCUCCAUAGGAAAUCUCACAUUCCUUUCAACGAUUGAUCUUACUUUCAACCAUUUUCAGAAUCAAAUCCCACAACAGCUUGGACUCUUAUUCAGGCUCAAACAUUUGGACCUUUCCAACAACUCAUUUUCUGGUGCUAUCCCAGCUAAUCUUUCAGGCUGUUCUAAGCUCCUAAGGCUUAGAUUGGGAUUCAACAACUUAAGUGGAAGAAUCCCAAUUGAACUUGGAUCAUUUCAACUACUUGAAAGAGUUCAACUUCACUACAACAAUCUUAGUGGACCAUUACCUGACUCAUUAGGUAACCUUUCUUCUACAAAAUCUUUGUCACUUGCAGUCAACAAUUUUGAUGGAAAAAUACCAGAAUCUUUUGGGAAGUUGAAGAACUUGGAAUUUCUUGGACUUGGGGUUAACCGAAUAUCCGGUAUGAUACCUUCCUCUGUUUACAAUCUUUCAUCCAUGACAAGGUUUACUGUGCCUUAUAACCAAUUAGAAGGGAGUUUGCCUUCAGACUUAGGCUUCACUCUUCCUAAUUUGAUAGUCUUUAAUGUUGGUCACAACUUGUUUAGUGGACAACUUCCAUCAUCAUUGUCUAAUGCUUCAAAUCUUGUUGAAUUAGAUACUGAAGGGAGUAAAUUCACUGGAAAACUUAACAUUGAUUUUGGCAACUCCCCUAAUCUUUGGUGGCUAGUUCUUGCCUCUAAUUCUCUUGGGACAGGUGAAGCUGAUGACUUGAAUUUCUUUGAGUCUUUAGCUAAAUGCAAAAAGUUGGGAGUAGUUGAUCUAAGUGACAAUCAAUUUGGAGGGAUAUUUCCUAGUUCCAUAUACAAAAUCCCAUCACUUGUUACAUUGAGAUUAGGGAGCAAUAAAUUGAGUGGUAACAUCCCAAAAGGGAUUGGCAGCCUUGUUAACUUGACUGAGCUAGUUAUUGAGAAAAAUAAUUUUAGUGGGAAAAUUCCUGCAGAUAUAGGUGAUCUCAAAAGACUAAGAAGACUUCAUAUGUCUGAAAAUUCAUUUUCUGGUCACAUACCAUCAUCUCUAGCUAGCAUUUCUCAAUUAUACUCACUCCAUCUUCAAAAGAAUCUUUUAACAGGUCCUAUCCCUUCUAGCCUUGGAAGCCUUUCAACUUUGCAGGAGUUAGACCUUUCUCAUAACUAUCUUAAUGGCUCCAUACCUAAAGAAGUUAUGAGUCUUUCUUCUUUGACAAUUUCCCUUAAUCUAGCUCAAAAUCAAUUUACUAGUUCUCUCCCUUCUGAAGUGGGAAAGUUACAAAAUCUUGGGUACUUUGAUGUAUCUGAAAAUAAACUCUCUGGCAAAAUUCCUAGUGAGCUAGGAAGUUGUUUGAAAUUAGAACAUCUUCACAUGGAGAGUAAUUUAUUUGAAGGAAGUAUUCCUUCAUCUUUUAGCUCAUUGAGAGGACUUCAAGACUUGGAUCUUUCGCGCAACAACUUGUCUGGCGAAAUUCCAAACUACUUUCAACACAUGUUGUUUGAAAACUUGAAUCUUUCUUUCAACCGAUUCCAAGGACAGGUACCAUCUAAAGGGGUUUUCAAAAAUGCAAGUGGUAUUUCCUUAGUAGGAAAUGAAAAGCUAUGUGGAGGUAUACCAGAAUUGCAUUUUCCAGCUUGCAUUGCUAAUAAGUCUAAGAAUGAGAAUAUAUCUCAAAGACUUAAGUGGAUUAUACCAUUGUUUUGUGGACUACUGGGAUCUGUUUUGAUCAUGUCAACUCUAAUUGUCUUGAGGUUAAAGAAGCUGAAAAGGGAGCCUUCAUCUGCACCGAAUUCAUCAACUAUAGAUCUUUUGUUACAUGUCUCCUAUGCAAGUCUUCUCAAAGCAACUGAUGAGUUUUCUUCUGCCAAUUUGUUAGGCAGUGGUAGCUUUGGUUCGGUUUAUAAAGCAACUCUUCAUCCAAAUGAAUUGGUUGUUGCAGUAAAGUUUGCUCAAGUUCUGAUUUUCAAGGCAAUGAAUUCAAAGCUUUAG